CUCGGUCUUUCUGCCGCCAUCUUGGUUCCGCGUUCCCUGCACAAAAUGCCCGGCGAAGCCACAGAAACCGUCCCUGCUACAGAGCAGGAGUUGCCGCAGCCCCAGGCUGAGACAGGGUCUGGAACAGAAUCUGACAGUGAUGAAUCAGUACCAGAGCUUGAAGAACAGGAUUCCACCCAGGCAACCACACAACAAGCCCAGCUGGCGGCAGCAGCUGAAAUUGAUGAAGAACCAGUCAGUAAAGCAAAACAGAGUCGGAGUGAAAAGAAGGCACGGAAGGCUAUGUCCAAACUGGGUCUUCGGCAGGUUACAGGAGUUACUAGAGUCACUAUCCGGAAAUCUAAGAAUAUCCUCUUUGUCAUCACAAAACCAGAUGUCUACAAGAGCCCUGCUUCAGAUACUUACAUAGUUUUUGGGGAAGCCAAGAUCGAAGAUUUAUCCCAGCAAGCACAACUAGCAGCUGCUGAGAAAUUCAAAGUUCAAGGUGAAGCUGUCUCAAACAUUCAA